GCUCAGAGAAAGCUUGGCUUUAUUUCUGUUUCAAUGAAUGGCACAGCACCCAAACCUACAGUUCAAAGGAAGUCUAAAAUUAAUUACUGUGCUGAAGUUGUGGCUGAGUUGGACCCCAAAGACAGAAGGAGUUUUAUUAAACAGGCUACAUGUUCGAGUCAAAAUGGUCUUCUGAGAUCAAUCAACGACCAGAGUGUACAGUGCUGCCAAGUCAGAUCGUGCCCAAUCCUUACAUGUCGGACUUUCCCAUACGGUGAUCCGAAACGAUGUCCACCAGGUUCAGCCGUUAACUCAGUUGGAUUUGACAGAAAAGGUUCUAUAAAGAAGUUUCAGUGCUGUAAGAGGAAAUGUGAGUGGAGGCAAUGUGCUGACAGAUCUAACUCAUGUCAAAAGAACGAAGUAAUGACAAAAGUGACGGAGACAGAGUGUCAGAUUAAACCUUGUCCUCGAUUAGUACGGUGUUGUGCUAUCGUCCAAAGACAAAAUACACAACCUGGACCUGAGAAAUCAGAAGUUUCCGAGACACGGACACCGAUAAACAGAAACCUAUAAACAAGACACCUAUAAACAGGAAACCUAUAAACAGGAAACCUAUAAACAGGAAACCUAUAAACAGGAAACCUAUAAACAGGAAACCACCGAUAAACAGGAAACCUAAGUUUACUCCUAACAAACCAAUUCAAAAUAGAAAACGCAUAAACAGUCUCAGUAAAAAUCUUCUUAAGGUCCCUGGAUGGUAUUAUAACAAGACGAACACCAAAGAUCUGAACCUUAAAAACAGCAACAGUGUCUUAGACAGAGUGCAAGUUAAGGUUCCUUCGCCAAGUUCCGGAUUUAAACCGAUUGUAUCAGUUGGUUUAGCUCUGGGUUCUGCCAGAGUUGAGGAAAUUAAGGAAGAGGUGUUUGGAAAAGAAGGAGAGACAAAGGACAUCAGCGAUUGCGCAGACGUUACGUUUGAAAGUAGCAGGGACAUGUUGUUUGCCAGUUGUAAAGGGGAACGUGACGUCAUGAAAAGUGUUGGAGCUACUGGAUUGCGGUGCUGUAAAGGUCCUAACAUAAGAUCUUGUGUUCUUCUUGCAGGAAAGGAAGGAUGUCCACUUAACACUCUCGCACACUCAAUCGAAAUAAAGAACGAGAGUCCGACAAUUCUGGAGUGCUGCCACCCAGUAGACGCUGUCUUCACCACCUGUGAGACAAAGUUCGGGUCCUGUGAUGUGGACGAGGUACUGGUUGAUGUUCAACUUCCGGACUGUUUUGGAAAGGGACAUGGCGAGGACUGUCUUCCGGCCGUCAGCUGCUGUAACUAUGAAGAGAAUCCUACGAGUGGAACUCCCAUAGAAACUGGUCCUAUUUGCUCCUUCAAUUAUCUUGAGUGGAGAGACGAUAUUCAGGCUAAGUUUGGUCGAUGCUUCGGGGCGGACCAUUUGUUAAGGAGUGUAAAAGAGAAGGUGAAUUGCUGUGAGGGUGAUGUCGAGACCGUGGAUUGCACUGUUGUUGACCAGUAUGACGGAGACACUUUGACAUGUCCUUGGGGAUCUGUUGUAAAUGGACUUGGUGUCAAUUCAGAGGAAGUAACGUAUCUGGAGUGUUGCCUGACGAACUGUAGAUACGGUAAAUGCGUGGAGAGAGUGCGAGAGUGUGUUGAUGGUGAGAUUGUGCAAGAUAUCACCAUGAACGGUGGAGAGCUCGUCAUGAGGUGCUGUGCUAUUCUUGAGAUGCUCUCUGACCACGAGUUCCAGGAAAGAAGGAAAAUACCAACACGCAGAACAAAACGGUCCACAGCCUCAUCACGUGACCUAUACAGCCUGCCCUCUCCUCCUACCAUAGACCCGACAUACCACCUCCGGAGGAGACGUGAAGCACCGACCCCAGACCCUGCUGAUUGUCAUUUGAGCCACUUCUCGGAGAAGUCGGAGAAUGCUAACUAUGCGGGCUGUGAGAGGAAGAACUCCGUUAUGAGAAAGGCGGGCUUCAGUAACAUUGAGUGUUGCAGUGCUAACUGUGAAACUAGCAGGUGUAACAUUGUUGAAAUGGACAGUAGGAGGACAUUUAGCUGCCCCCCGGGAACUAUCAUAAACGCUAUCGGCAAAUCAACUGUAACAGAUAAGAUAAACCUAUUGUCGUGCUGUGAUCUGGAUUGUAGAAUUGGAGAAUGUACGACCCGUAGUGCGUACUGUAAGCCGGGGGAAGUUAUCAGUAGUGUUAGGAAGGAUGUGAACUGUGAUAGACUCCCCUGUCCUUUCAGAGUCGAGUGCUGUAAAACAAUGGAUAAAUACUCGGUUGUCACUGGAAAGAUCUUCACACCACCCAGACUCAGUGCCUCACCGGAGCUAGGAGUACCUGAUGAUAAUGGUGGUCAUGUUGAACAUGACGAGUCGGCUGCGUAUAAGAAGUUCCUGAUACCGACGGAAGACUGUCCGUACAUCAUGCGGGGAAGAGCGGUCACGUGCCCUGUUAAGUACGAACUGGACGUAGUUCACACGAUAGACGAUGGAAUGUUGGAGGGAAGGUGUUGCAUCUCUUCUGAUAUCAUCACUUGCAUACCAACACUUUCCGGACCGUGUCAGGAUGCUAUCUGCAGUGUGGGCAUGGCUGGAAGUGGACUCUUCAAACUGGGCUGUCUCUCUGUUGAAAAUGAUGAGGUUGUAAAACCAAGAAAAUGUGUGGAAUUUGAAAUGCGCGGAACUGAUGUUGUGUCGUGUCCCACCAAGUUCUCAAUGUCUGACAUCGUAUCGAGUUGUCCGGAUGGGAUUCACGAGAAUUGCAUCAUACACGUAACCUGCUGUGUAGAAGAGCUGCCAGUUCAUUUCGACAUAAAGCGCCAUGUUCCUGCCUCUGUCUACGAAGUAGAAUUGUUCGAUUCGGUCGUCAUCGACUGUGGAAUGUAUGGCCAAGCACUGAUCUCCAAAAUAGCUAUGGGACGGAUCCCCGAAGGAGUCUGUGGUCCCUCUCCUUCUAGCAAGUGCUAUCUUCAGCAGUCGUUCGUAACCUCGGAUUCCGCUACAUGCGACGUUGGAUACGCUCUCAAGUCAAUAAGUUUUACACCCGAUGGUUUAGUUGCUAGCCCUUUCUCCUGCUGCAGCAUCGGCGGUAACGAUCCUAGUGAAACAACAGCAUCAAACUCGAUGAACAACAUAGACUGCGAGCACGGCUUCAUCAACUCCAUUAAAGUAGAUACAACUAAAUCCGACUCAAAUCUCACUGCAAUGUGUAUCUACUCGCAGAGGAGUGUUGAAUCGAGUGUCUGGAGUGUAUCAGGAGUGUCGGAAGCAGGAGUGCUGGGAGCAACUCCGGUUACGGAUGAGCCUAGUUGCAAUGGGCUGUCAAAACAAAAACAGCCGUGUAUUUUGGAAGACUCCAUAAUUCCAGGAGAAAGUUUCACAACAAUUGAGUCUUCUACGUUUUGGGCUUGCAUGACCGCUUGCUGGAAAUCUGAUCGUUGUUGUGCCGGAUCAUACGUAUCCUCGAGCGGAGUUUGCCAGCUAAAGGCAGAUAGCCACUCUCAGGCAGAGCAGACCGUAUAUUCUAAGGCUAACAAAGUUAAAUCUUUUGACUUUACUUGUUCAACCAAAAUCAGCCAGUCAAUCAGCUUGGGAGUGAAAUUAAAAAACAAAGAUUCAAGAAAAAGUGAUGAAAUAGAGGAGGAAAGGAAAAUGAAUACAAUUGGGACAAAGUUUAACAGUGCCCUUCGGAAUGAAGGUGGGCCCACUAUAGCCCUCUCCGUAGGUGUCACCAAACCUGUAAAGCCUACUGAACCACUUUGUGUUUACAAAGGAGCUAUUUAUCCAGACGGGACAAUUGACUCUAAAAGCAAGGACACUUCGGACGAUUGUGCUACUGCUUGUGCAGAAUCAAAAGAUUGCGUUGUUGCCACUUACAUCGGUAGCGCUAAAAAAUGUAUCUUAAAGAGUGAAAAGCACAAGGCUCUCAUUAGAACUGAGUGGGCUGUUGCAAAUCAAGUAAAAACGUUUGACUUUGAAAAUCCGUGUGUUGGUGUCAGACCAAAGAGUCCAAUUAGGGAGGCAAGAGAGAAGGAACUCGGAAUAAAUGCUAGAAAUGGAAAACCUCCCUGUAGGUACCAUAACGCUGUAUUAGUGGGAGGAACUUUCUUCAGCGCCGACUCUACGUCAAUCGAUAAGUGUGGAGAGAUUUGCCUAAAGAAGCCGGCGUGUUCAGCUGUUACUUUUCUGUUUGAAAAGGAGAAAUGCCACGUGAAAAAUAAACUGCACAAAGGUCCCACAUACACUCAAUUUGCUGAGGAAAAUGGUGCAGUAUCACUCGAUUAUAACUGUGACUUAAAAGCUUAUCACGACUUAAUGUUAAAGUUCCCUGCUGAAAGAAAAAUUCAUGGCCUAAAAGAAGCCUGCCGAUACAAAAACAGACAAAUAUCGGGUAAGGUGGUUGAGGAGGUAGAUCUGGUCUCUGAGCUGGAGUGUGCCACAGCAUGUCUAAGUAGCCAAGAUUGCUUUGGCCUAACUUACCUACCCAAAUCUAUGACCUGUUACCUUAAAGGUGAAGGGCACAACGGAGCCAAGUCACAGGAAACUCUUGGAGUUAUUUCGUACGAUUUCACCCUGGAUUGCUUGCCUGAAGGGCAAGAGAAGGGAGCGACCCCGCCUGUUGUUAAGGUUUGCGAGUAUCUAGACAUGAUGUACCGCGGAAGUUCUGUUAUAAAAACUGUUAUCGAUGUGGUGUCAUCUGAGAAUUGUGUGGAACUUUGUUCAGAAAUUCCAAAAUGUAAGGCCGUGACGUAUCUUUCUGGAACAACGUCCAGCAAAUGUUUCAUGAGAGGACAAGAUCGUGGACCGCUAUAUCCAUCGAAAAGCACAGAAACCCGCAAAGUUGUAUCAUAUGACCUCGAUUGUCGACCAGAUGUGCCAGACAACCUCGUACUGAAGAAACGAUGCCUCCUGAAAGAUCAAGUGUUUACUGGAGGGUUCUUGGAAAAACAAAAUGACGUUCCUUCAUCAACGAUAUGCUUCGAGAAAUGCUCAAGCCUUGACAAAUGUGUUGCUGCUACAUACGCGCCCAGGACAAAGAGUUGCUCGCUCAGAGAUUCCUCAAGGGAGGAACCGAAAGUUACUGAGUUUGCCACCAUAAACAAACUGGUUUCUUACUGUUUCCUGUGUCAUGCCCAAACGUCUGGAUUGAAUAUGGCGAAAGAUCUGGACAAAGGAGGAAUAGCACCACUUCCAAAGAAAUCCUGUUUACUAAAAGGUCAAGUUUUCCGUGGUGGAUUAUUGGAGAAAAAAACUGAUGUCCUGUCAUCGGACAAAUGUUUUGAAAUGUGUUCAACCGACAAAGAUUGUGUUGCAGCUACAUAUUCUCCAAACAACAAAUUUUGUGUCCUGAGAGAUUCCUCUAGAGAAGAUUCUACAGAGACUGAAUUAGCGGUCAAGAACGGAUUAGUAUCUUAUGACUUUUUGUGCGAUGAAAAGACACCCAAGAAAGAGAAAGCUGGAGUUUCUGAUGAGAAGAUUGCAGAAAUAUCAGAUAUGCCGACUCCUAAGCAGUCCUGUUUACUAAAAGGUCAAGUUUUCCGUGGUGGAUUAUUGGAGAAAAAAACUGAUGUCCUGUCAUCGGACAAAUGUUUUGAGAUGUGUUCUACCGACAAAGAUUGUGUUGCAGCUACAUAUUCUCCAAACAACAAAUUUUGUGUCCUGAGAGAUUCCUCUAGAGAAGAUUCUACAGAGACUGAAUUUGCGGUCGAGAACGGAUUAGUAUCUUAUGACUUUUUGUGCGAUGAAAAGACACCCAAGAAAGAGAAAGCUGGAGUUUCUGAUGAGAAGAUUGCAGAAAUAUCAGAUAUGCCAACUUCUAAGCAGUCCUGUUUACUAAAAGGUCAAGUUUUCCGUGGUGGACUAUUGGAGAAAAAAACUGAUGUCCUGUCAUCGGACAAAUGUUUUGAAAUGUGUUCUACCGACAAAGAUUGUGUUGCAGCUACAUAUUCUCCAAACAACAAAUUUUGUGUACUGAGAGAUUCCUCUAGAGAAGAUUCUACAGAGACUGAAUUUGCGGUCGAGAACGAAUUAGUAUCUUAUGACUUUUUGUGCGAUGAAAAGACACCCAAGAAAGAGAAAGCUGGAGUUUCUGAUGAGAAGAUUGCAGAAAUAUCAGAUAUGCCAACUUCUAAGCAGUCCUGUUUACUAAAAGGUCAAGUUUUCCGUGGUGGACUAUUGGAGAAAAAAACUGAUGUCCUGUCAUCGGACAAAUGUUUUGAAAUAUGUUCAACCGACAAAGAUUGUGUUGCAGCUACAUAUUCUCCAAACAACAAAUUUUGUGUACUGAGAGAUUCCUCUAGAGAAGAUUCUACAGAGACUGAAUUUGCGGUCGAGAACGAAUUAGUAUCUUAUGACUUUUUGUGCGAUGAAAAGACACCCAAGAAAGAGAAAGCUGGAGUUUCUGAUGAGAAGAUUGCAGAAAUAUCAGAUAUGCCAACUCCUAAGCAGUCCUGUUUGCUGAAAGGUCAAGUUUUCCGUGGUGGAUUAUUGGAGAAAAAAACUGAUGUCCUGUCAUCGGACAAAUGUUUUGAAAUGUGUUCUACCGACAAAGAUUGUGUUGCAGCUACAUAUUCUCCAAACAACAAAUUUUGUGUCCUGAGAGAUUCCUCUAGAGAAGAUUCUACAGAGACUGAAUUUGCGGUCGAGAACGGAUUAGUAUCUUAUGACUUUUUGUGCGAUGAAAAGACACCCAAGAAAGAGAAAGCUGGAGUUUCUGAUAAGAAGAUUGCAGAAAUAUCAGAUAUGCCAACUCCUAAGCAGUCCUGUUUACUAAAAGGUCAAGUUUUCCGUGGUGGACUAUUGGAGAGAAAAACUGAUGUCCUGUCAUCGGACAAAUGUUUUGAAAUGUGUUCAACCGACAAAGAUUGUGUUGCAGCUACAUAUUCUCCAAACAACAAAUUUUGUGUCCUGAGAGAUUCCUCUAGAGAAGAUUCUACAGAGACUGAAUUUGCGGUCGAGAACGAAUUAGUAUCUUAUGACUUUUUGUGCGAUGAAAAGACACCCAAGAAAGAGAAAGCUGGCGUUUCUGAUGAGAAGAUUGCAGAAAUAUCAGAUAUGCCAACUCCUAAGCAGUCCUGUUUACUAAAAGGUCAAGUUUUCCGUGGUGGACUAUUGGAGAAAAAAACUGAUGUCCUGUCAUCGGACAAAUGUUUUGAAAUGUGUUCAACCGACAAAGAUUGUGUUGCAGCUACAUAUUCUCCAAACAACAAAUUUUGUGUCCUGAGAGAUUCCUCUAGAGAAGAUUCUACAGAGACUGAAUUUGCGGUCGAGAACGAAUUAGUAUCUUAUGACUUUUUGUGCGAUGAAAAGACACCCAAGAAAGAGAAAGCUGGAGUUUCUGAUGAGAAGAUUGCAGAAAUAUCAGAUAUGCCAACUCCUAAGCAGUCCUGUUUACUGAAAGGUCAAGUUUUCCGUGGUGGAUUAUUGGAGAGAAAAACUGAUAUCCUGUCAUCAGACAAAUGUUUUGAAAUGUGUUCUACCGACAAAGAUUGUGUUGCAGCUACAUAUUCUCCAAACAACAAAUUUUGUGUACUGAGAGAUUCCUCUAGAGAAGAUUCUACAGAGACUGAAUUUGCAGUCGAGAACGAAUUAGUAUCUUAUGACUUUUUGUGCGAUGAAAAGACACCCAAGAAAGAGAAAGCUGGAGUUUCUGAUGAGAAGAUUGCAGAAAUAUCAAAUAUGCCAACUCCUAAGCAGUCCUGUUUGCUAAAAGGUCAAGUUUUCCGUGGUGGAUUAUUGGACAAAAAAACUGAUGUCAUGUCAUCAGACAAAUGUUUUGAAAUGUGUUCAACCGACAAAGAUUGUGUUGCAGCUACAUAUUCUCCAAACAACAAAUUUUGUGUACUGAGAGAUUCCUCUAGAGAAGAUUCUACAGAGACUGAAUUUGCGGUCGAGAACGGAUUAGUAUCUUAUGACUUUUUGUGCGAUGAAAAGACACCCAAGAAAGAGAAAGCUGGAGUUUCUGAUAAGAAGAUUGCAGAAAUAUCAGAUAUGCCAACUCCUAAGCAGUCCUGUUUACUAAAAGGUCAAGUUUUCCGUGGUGGACUAUUGGAGAAAAAAACUGAUGUCCUGUCAUCGGACAAAUGUUUUGAAAUGUGUUCAACCGACAAAGAUUGUGUUGCAGCUACAUAUUCUCCAAACAACAAAUUUUGUGUCCUGAGAGAUUCCUCUAGAGAAGAUUCUACAGAGACUGAAUUUGCGGUCGAGAACGGAUUAGUAUCUUAUGACUUUUUGUGCGAUAAAAAGACACCCAAGAAAGAGAAAGCUGGAGUUUCUGAUAAGAAGAUUGCAGAAAUAUCAGAUAUGCCAACUCCUAAGCAGUCCUGUUUACUAAAAGGUCAAGUUUUCCGUGGUGGACUAUUGGAGAAAAAAACUGAUGUCCUGUCAUCAGACAAAUGUUUUGAAAUGUGUUCUACCGACAAAGAUUGUGUUGCAGCUACAUAUUCUCCAAACAACAAAUUUUGUGUCCUGAGAGAUUCCUCUAGAGAAGAUUCUACAGAGACUGAAUUUGCGGUCGAGAACGGAUUAGUAUCUUAUGACUUUUUGUGCGAUGAAAAGACACCCAAGAAAGAGAAAGCUGGAGUUUCUGAUAAGAAGAUUGCAGAAAUAUCAGAUAUGUCAACUCCUAAGCAGUCCUGUUUACUAAAAGGUCAAGUUUUCCGUGGUGGAUUAUUGGAGAAAAAAACUGAUGUCCUGUCAUCGGACAAAUGUUUUGAAAUGUGUUCUACCGACAAAGAUUGUGUUGCAGCUACAUAUUCUCCAAACAACAAAUUUUGUGUCCUGAGAGAUUCCUCUAGAGAAGAUUCUACAGAGACUGAAUUUGCGGUCGAGAACGGAUUAGUAUCUUAUGACUUUUUGUGCGAUGAAAAGACACCCAAGAAAGAGAAAGCUGGAGUUUCUGAUAAGAAGAUUGCAGAAAUAUCAGAUAUGCCAACUCCUAAGCAGUCCUGUUUACUAAAAGGUCAAGUUUUCCGUGGUGGACUAUUGGAGAAAAAAACUGAUGUCCUGUCAUCGGACAAAUGUUUUGAAAUGUGUUCAACCGACAAAGAUUGUGUUGCAGCUACAUAUUCUCCAAACAACAAAUUUUGUGUCCUGAGAGAUUCCUCUAGAGAAGAUUCUACAGAGACUGAAUUUGCAGUCGAGAACGAAUUAGUAUCUUAUGACUUUUUGUGCGAUGAAAAGACACCCAAGAAAGAGAAAGCUGGAGUUUCUGAUAAGAAGAUUGCAGAAAUAUCAGAUAUGUCAACUCCUAAGCAGUCCUGUUUACUAAAAGGUCAAGUUUUCCGUGGUGGAUUAUUGGACAAAAAAACGGAUGUCCUGUCAUCGGACAAAUGUUUUGAAAUGUGUUCAACCGACAAAGAUUGUGUUGCAGCUUCAUAUUCUCCAAACAACAAAUUUUGUGUCCUGAGAGAUUCCUCUAGAGAAGAUUCUACAGAGACUGAAUUUGCGGUCGAGAACGGAUUAGUAUCUUAUGACUUUUUGUGCGAUGAAAAGACACCCAAGAAAGAGAAAGCUGGAGUUUCUGAUGAGAAGAUUGCAGAAAUAUCAGAUAUGCCAACUCCUAAGCAGUCCUGUUUACUAAAAGGUCAAGUUUUCCGUGGUGGACUAUUGGAGAGAAAAACUGAUGUCAUGUCAUCGGACAAAUGUUUUGAAAUGUGUUCAACCGACAAAGAUUGUGUUGCAGCUACAUAUUCUCCAAACAACAAAUUUUGUGUCCUGAGAGAUUCCUCUAGAGAAGAUUCUACAGAGACUGAAUUUGCGGUCGAGAACGGAUUAGUAUCUUAUGACUUUAAGUGUGACGAAAAGACGCCCAAAAAAGAGAAAACUGGAGUUCCUGAUAAGAAGAUUACCGAAAUAUCAGAUAUGCCAACUCCUAAGCAGUCCUGUUUACUAAAAGGUCAAGUUUUCACAGGAGGAAUAUUGGAAAAAAGAAGUGGUGUCAUCUCAUUGGACAAAUGUUUUGAAAUGUGUUCAUCGGACGAGAAAUGUGUCGCAGCCACUUAUGCUCCAAACAUAAAAAACUGUUUCCUGAGAGAUUCCUCUAGGGAAAGUCCUAAAGUUACUGUAUUUGCAACUACGAACGGAAUUGUUUCAUAUGACUUUUUGUGUGAUGGAAAGAUUUCGAAGGAAUUGGAAGACUCCCAAAACGAUAUAAAAAACCAAGAAAGAUCAAAACGACCGAUUAACAAACAAAUUGAUGAAGAAAACAAGCCUUGCAUCCAUAUAGAUCAAAGCUUUGAAAAUGGACUGAUUGAAGUUAUUGACCUGCUAAAAAGUGCAUCAAUCUGUUCUGAAGAAUGCUUAUCUGUGAGAAAAUGUUUAGUCGCAUCAUAUGACUCAAAAGCAAAGAAAUGUUACUUGCGAGAUGGAAGUAGAAUUGGACCUAAACAUUCACCAGGUGUGAUAUCUUACGACCACUCUUGUGUCAGAGGUUCUGAUAAAAACCCCGACGACAAUACAGCGAAACAUAUUGUUGAAAACGACGAACCUUGUGUUUUGAUAGGACAGGUCUUCUCCGGUGGAUAUCUGGAAACAGUCAACUCCGUUAAAAAUCCUUUGUCUUGUUCAGAGGAAUGUUCGAUGGAUGAAGACUGUGCUGCUGCAACUUAUAACAUCAAAAUGAAGACAUGUCGAUUGAUGGAUGAAAGCAGAGAAGGGCCAAAAAAGAUGCCCGGAGUGGUGUCUUUCGACUUUUUGUGUAAGCAACAGAAAGAUACCUCAAAAUCUGAAAAUUCGGGAAAAAAUAAGAUAAUCCCUGAUAACGAAAAGAGUGACAAAAGCCCUGCGAACAAGAGUGGAGACGGUCCUACAGAUAAGAUUGAUGAAAACUCUACUGUUGACGAUCAGCCGUGUAUGGUACUAGGGCAGCAAUUUUCGGGUGGAUUCUUAGAGACCGUCAAUUCCGUGGAGAAUCCUUUGUCUUGUUCAGAGGAAUGUUCAAUGGAUGAAAACUGUGCUGCUGCAACUUAUAACAUUAAGAUGAAGACAUGUCAGUUGAUGGAUAAAAACAGAGAUGGACCCAAAAAGAUGCCUGGAGUUUUGUCUUUCGACUUUUUGUGUAAAGAAAGAUCAAGAUCAUCAAAAUCUCAAAAAGACCCUGCAGACAAAAAAGGAGAAAUUCCUAAUGAUAAAACUCGCAAAAAAUCCGUUGACAAUGACCAGCCUUGCGUUUUACAGGCACACCUCUUCUCUGGUGGCUAUCUAGAAACGGUUAACUCUGUUAUGGAACCGUUGUCUUGUUCUGAAGAAUGUUUGAUGGAUGAGGACUGUACUACAGCAUCCUAUAACAUAAAGAUGAAGACAUGUCGCUUGAUGGAUCGAAACAGAGAUGGGCCUAAAAAGAUGUCAGGUGUUGUUUCUUUUGACUUUUUGUGUUCGGAAAAAUCUAGUUCCUCAGAUUCUGACAGCAUAGAUUCAAACAGUAAUUCUACCGGCAAGUAUGAAGAAUCAGAGAAAUCGCAGGACUCAGAGAAUAUUAAAAAUAACGGAAGCAUCGAUGGUGGAGACCGUGGGAAAAAGAAGCAAGAAAUACAAGUGAUAACUAAUGAUCAGCCAUGUGUUCUACAAGGAAAGUCAUUUUCAGGCGGAUUUUUAGAGAUUAUCGACUCUGUCGAGAAUCCUUUAUCUUGUUCUGAAGAAUGUUUGAUGGACGAAGACUGUGCCACUGCAUCAUUCAACAUUAAGAUGAAGACAUGUCAGUUGAUGGAUAACAGCAGAGAUGGACCCAAAAAGAUGCCUGGAGUCGUGUCUUUCGAUUUGCUUUGUAAGGAAAACUCGAAGGUACCUAAUGAAAAACCUGAAGAAACGGUAACAGACCGGGAAGUAAUGACAAACCAGUCCUGUUUACUAAAAGGUCAAGUUUUCACAGGAGGACUAUUGGAGAAAAACGCUGGUGUCCUGUCAUUGGACAAAUGUUUUGAAAUGUGUUCAUCCGACCAGAAAUGUGUUGCAGCCACAUAUGUUCCAAAAUUUAAGAGUUGCUUUCUGAGAGAUUCCUCGAGAGAAGGUCCUAUAGAGACUGUAUUUGCCGCAAAGAACGGAGUAAUAUCGUACGACUUUCUUUGUAAUGAGAAAACAUUCAAGAAAAAGACAACUGUAGAUUCUGACAAAAAUAGUGUACAAAUAUCAGAUACGCCAACUCUUAAGCAGUCCUGUUCACUAAAAGGUCACGUUUUCCGUGGUGGAUUAUUGGAGAGAAAAACUGAUGUCCUGUCAUCGGACAAAUGCUUUGAGAUGUGUUCAACCGACAAAGAUUGUGUUGCAGCCACAUAUUCUCCAAACAACAAAUUUUGUGUACUGAGAGAUUCCUCUAGAGAAGAUUCUACAGAGACUGAAUUUGCGGUCGAAAACGGAUUAGUAUCUUAUGACUUUUUGUGCGAAGAAAAGACACCCAAGGGAGAGAAAACUGUGGAUUCUGAUGAAAAGAUUGCUGAAAUAUCAGAUAUGCCAACUCCUAAGCAGUCAUGUUUACUAAAAGGUCAAGUUUUCCGUGGUGGAUUAUUGGACAGAAAAACUGAUGUCCUGUCAUCGGACAAAUGCUUUGAGAUGUGUUCAACCGACAGAGAUUGUGUUGCAGCUACAUAUUCUCCAAACAACAAAUUUUGCGUACUCAGAGAUUCCUCUAGAGAAGAUUCUACAGAGACUGAAUUUGCGGUCGAGAACGGAUUAGUAUCUUAUGACUUUUUGUGCGAAGAAAAGACACCCAAGGGAGAGAAAACUGUGGAUUCUGAUGAAAAGAUUGCUGAAAUAUCAGAUAUACCAACUCCUAAGCAGUCAUGUUUACUAAAAGGUCAAGUUUUCCGUGGUGGAUUAUUGGACAGAAAAACUGAUGUCCUGUCAUCGGACAAAUGCUUUGAGAUGUGUUCAACCGACAAAGAUUGUGUUGCAGCUACAUAUUCUCCAAACAACAAAUUUUGUGUACUGAGAGAUUCCUCUAGAGAAGAUUCUACAGAGACUGAAUUUGCGGUCGAGAACGGAUUAGUAUCUUAUGACUUUUUGUGCGAAGAAAAGACACCCAAGGGAGAGAAAACUGUGGAUUCUGAUGAAAAGAUUGCUGAAAUAUCAGAUAUACCAACUCCUAAGCAGUCAUGUUUACUAAAAGGUCAAGUUUUCCGUGGUGGAUUAUUGGACAGAAAAACUGAUGUCCUGUCAUCGGACAAAUGCUUUGAGAUGUGUUCUACCGACAAAGAUUGUGUUGCAGCUACAUAUUCUCCAAACAACAAAUUUUGUGUACUGAGAGAUUCCUCUAGAGAAGAUUCUACAGAGACUGAAUUUGCGGUCGAGAACGGAUUAGUAUCUUAUGACUUUUUGUGCGAAGAAAAGACACCCAAGGGAGAGAAAACUGUGGAUUCUGAUGAAAAGAUUGCUGAAACAUCAGAUAUACCAACUCCUAAGCAGUCAUGUUUACUAAAAGGUCAAGUUUUCCGUGGUGGAUUAUUGGACAGAAAAACUGAUGUCCUGUCAUCGGACAAAUGCUUUGAGAUGUGCUCAACCGACAAAGAUUGUGUUGCAGCUACAUAUUCUCCAAACAACAAAUUUUGCGUACUCAGAGAUUCCUCUAGAGAAGAUUCUACAGAGACUGAAUUUGCGGUCGAAAACGGAUUAGUAUCUUAUGACUUUUUGUGCAAUGAAAAGACACCCAAGGGAGAGAAAACUGUGGAUUCUGAUGAAAAGAUUGCUGAAAUAUCAGAUAUACCAACUCCUAAGCAGUCAUGUUUACUAAAAGGUCAAGUUUUCCGUGGUGGAUUAUUGGACAGAAAAACUGAUGUCCUGUCAUCGGACAAAUGCUUUGAGAUGUGUUCAACCGACAAAGAUUGUGUUGCAGCUACAUAUUCUCCAAACAACAAAUUUUGUGUCCUGAGAGAUUCCUCUAGAGAAGAUUCUACAGAGACUGAAUUUGCGGUCGAGAACGGAUUAGUAUCUUAUGACUUUUUGUGCGAUGAAAAAACACCCAAGGGAGAGAAAACUGUGGAUUCUGAUGAGAAGAUUGCAGAAAUAUCAGAUAUGCCAACUCUUAAGCAGUUCUGUUUACUAAAAGGUCAAGUUUUCCGUGGUGGAAAACCAAAAAGAAAAACUGAUGUCCUGUCAUCGGACAAAUGUUUUGAAAUGUGUUCAACCGACAAAGGUUGUGUUGCAGCUACAUAUUCUCCAAACAACAAAAUUUGUGUCCUGAGAGAUUUCUCUAGAGAAGAUUCUACAGAGACUGAAUUUGCGGUCGAGAACGGAUUAGUAUCUUAUGACUUUAAGUGUGACGAAAAGACGCCCAAAAAAGAAAAAACUGAAGAUUCUGAUGAGAACAGUGCAGAAAUGUCGGAUACACCAACACCUAAGCAGUCCUGUUUACUAAAAGGUCAAGUGUUCACAGGCGGAUUCUUAGAGGGAAAGAAAGAUAUUGCAACCUCGAACAAAUGUUUUGAAAUGUGCUCAUCUAAUGAUGAAUGUUUUGCAGCCACAUAUGCUCCGAAUAUAAAGAAUUGUUUCCUGAGAGAUUCCUCGAGAGAAAAUCCUAAAGAGACUGUAUUUGCUACCAAAAACAACUUAAUAUCUUAUGACUUUAUGUGUGCAGGUAAGAAGCCUCCAAAAGAUACCGAAGAAUUAAAAUUCGAUGAAAAGAUUCCCGACAAGUCAAAAUCAAUGAUUGACCAGAAAAAACAUACUGAAGAAGCAUCUGAAAAAUCAGCAAAAAUCAAAGAAAAGAAGAAAUCGGAUAAACACGUUCCUAAACGGUUGAACGAUACAUCGACCAACACGGACAAAUCAGGAAUAAAACCUGAACAAUCAAUACCAUCUGAUAAAUCAAUUCCUGAGCAUUCCUGUUUACUAAAUGGUCAAGUUUUUACUGGAGGAUUUGUAGAGGUCAAGAAAGAUGUUGCAUCUUCGGAUGAAUGUUUUGGAAUGUGCUCAUCUAAUGACGAAUGUUUUGCUGCCACAUUUGCUCCAAACAAAAAGAAUUGUUUCCUGAGAGAUUCCUCGAGAGAAAAUCCUAAAGAGACAGUAUUUGCUACCAAGAACAAUUUAGUAUCUUACGACUUAUUGUGUGCAGGAAAGAAGCCUCCGAACGUUCCAAAAGAGUUAGAAUACGAUGACAAGAUACCAGACAAGUCGGCCAAUACUCCAAUAAAAGAUACCGACAAAGACCAACCGUGUGUGCUACAAGAACAGAUCUUCUCUGGUGGAUUUUUAGAAACUGUCAGGACCAUUAAUACUCCGUUGUCUUGUUCUGAAGAAUGUUUGAUGGAUGAGGACUGUACUACUGCAUCCUAUAACAUAAAGAUGAAGACAUGUCUCUUGAUGGAUCAACACAGAAAUGGACCAAAAAAUAAGGCUGGUGUCAUAUCUUUCGACUUCUUGUGCAAGGUGGAAUCUGGUCCUACCAAAGAAAAUCCCUGUUUGCUAAAAGGUCACGUUUUUCGUGGUGGUCUAUUGGAGAGAAAAACUGAUGUCUUGUCAUCGGACAAAUGUUUUGAAAUGUGUUCAUCCGAGAAAGAUUGUGUUGCAGCUACAUAUUCUCCAAACAAUAAACUUUGUCUUCUGAGAGAUUCAUCUAGAGAAGAUCCUAUAGAAACUGAAUUUGCGACCGAGAACGAAAUUGUAUCUUAUGACUUUCUGUGCGAUGAAAGGUCACCCGAGGGAGAGAAAACUGGGGAUUCUGAUGAAAAGACUGCUGAAAUAUCAGAUAUACCAAUUCUUAAGCAGUCAUGUAUACUAAAAGGUCAAGUUUUCCGUGGUGGACUAUUGGAGAGAAAAACUGAUGUCCUGUCAUCGGACAAAUGUUUUGAAAUGUGUUCAUCCGAGAAAGAUUGUGUUGCAGCCACAUUUUCUCCAAACAAUAAACUUUGUGUCUUGAGAGAUACUUCUAGAGAAGAUCCUAUAAAGACUGAAUUUGCGGUCGAGAACGGAUUAGUAUCUUAUGACUUUUUGUGCGAUGAAAAGACACCCAAGAAAGAGAAAGCUGGAGUUUCUGAUGAGAAGAUUGCAGAAAUAUCAGAUAUACCAACUCCUAAGCAGUCCUGUUUACUAAAAGGUCAAGUUUUCCGUGGUGGAUUAUUGGAGAGAAAAACUGAUGUCCUGUCAUCGGACAAAUGUUUUGAAAUGUGUUCAACCGAGAAAGAUUGCGUUGCAGCUACAUUUUCUCCAAACAAUAAACUUUGUGUCUUGAGAAAUACUUCUAGAGAAGAUCCUAUGGAGACUGAAUUUGCGGUCGAGAACGGAUUAGUAUCUUAUGAUUUCUUAUGUGAGUGCCAAACUUCUGAGGUCGAUAAAAUAAGUCACAGCAAACAAGAAAAUAAAACGACCGAUGAAUUAUCAGAUGAGGACCCUAUUAGCACUCCUCCUGAUCCAUCAGAUGAGACUCUGCCAGCAAAAUUUAAAACCAAAUCAAGUUCCACUGAAAACCAAUGCUUGCUUGUCGGUAAAGUUUUCUCGGGAGGUCUUCUAGAGAAACAUGAAAACAUUUCUACAUCAGACGAAUGCUUUGAAAAAUGCUGGCUUGACGAAGAGUGUUAUGCUGCUACAUAUAGUCCAAUUAAUAGUAACUGUUUUCUCCGUGACUCAACUAGAGACAAACCUUUAAAGACAAGUUUUGCUGUUGCCAACGGAAUUGUAUCAUAUGAUUUUAUUUGCGAGGGAAAAGUGAUAAAACAAGCUCGUGAUAAAUCCAGAAAAGCAGUAAAUCUGACGGCCUGCACUUUACGAGAACAAAUGUUUCAAGGUGGAUUGUUGGAGGUUAUCGACUCUGUGCAAAGUCCUUCCGCGUGCUAUGAAGAUUGUUCGAUGGACAAAAGUUGUGCAAGUGCGUCAUACAGUUCAAGGACCAUGAAAUGCUAUCUUAGGGACGAAAGCAGAACGGGCCCCAUUUUCAGACCGUAUUUUACAUCAUUUGAUUUUUCGUGCACAGAAGGUACCACACAAAACAUCUCCUCAGACGGGAACCUUAAGGACAAAAAAGAGGGGUGUCCUAUGCCAGGAUACAUUUUCACUGGUGGAUUGAUUGAACUGUUAUCCAAAAUUGAAUCUUCGGGUGAUUGCUUCGAAGAAUGCGCUAUGAUGGCAGACUGUGUUGCUGCAACUUUCUCUCCAAAAACAAACAAGUGUCUUCUGAGGAACUUAAAAAGAAGAGGACCUAUCGCUACUCAAUUCUCAAAAAUGUCUGGAGACAUCUCUUUUGACUUUCUGUGUUCUAGUGAAGUUAAAACUACAGAAGUAAAAGAAGGUCCUGAUCCGUGUUUAUUAAAUAGCACAACUUUCACCAGAGGACUAAUCGACUCAAUCAACUCGGCUGUAAGUGCUAAUGAUUGUUUUGAAGAGUGUUCUAUGGAGGAUGGAUGUACCGUUGCAACUUACAAUCCGGUCACAAAGGAGUGUUUUAUGAGGGAUAAAUUCCGCCGAGGUCCCGUGUCUUCUCUAUUUGCAAAGCAGAACAAACUUAUCUCGUAUGAUUUCGCCUGCAAGCACAGAAUUUCUAAUGGCGAAAAGCAAGAUGUACAAGAAAAAUAUAACACCAAAACAAAUACGGCAAGUAAAGCCAAGUUCCCAUGCAGAAUACCGGGCCAAGCAUUCACUGGGAGAAUACUAGAGACACUGGAAAACAUCUUCAAGGGGUCUGAUUGCUCAGAGGAGUGCGCUAUGGAUAACGAAUGUGUGUCAGCGACAUACUUCCCCACCACCCUCAAAUGUUUCCUCAGAGACAAGUCAAGGAGAGGUCCUGCUGAGACAAAAAUAUCAAGGGCAAACAAGGUCAUAUCGUAUGAUUUCCUCUGUGAUCCUAAUAAGAUAAAAACACCCAAUUCCAAUGGGACAGGCAAGAUAAUCCAGAAAUCAGAUAAUGGGAGGGAGUAUUGUGUUAUCAAGAGAAAGUCAUUUCCCGGGAUGACACUUUCAGUAACAGAGGGUGUAGCUAGUCCUGACGACUGUAUGACGAGCUGUUCAUCUCAGACUGUCUGUGUGGCUGCUUCAUACAAUCCUAUGAACCAGAAGUGUAUCCUAAGAAGUGAACAAGGGGCUGCAACAUCCACAGCAUUUGCUGUGUACAACAAUAUUGUAUCAUUCGACUUUCAAUGCAGAGUGCAGAAAGAAGUACAGAAGCAUCCGAGAAAAGAACCUUGUAGACUCCCCGGUAUGUACUUCACCGGUGAAAUUAUGGGGAGAGCCAGGAAUGUUACGGAAGAAUCUAUCUGUGUAAAUUUGUGUAUGAAGACAGUAAAUUGUGCGGCAGCAACUUAUGACCCCACAUUUAAGAAAUGUUUACUGAGGGAUAAAAACAGGAACGAAGCCAGCAAAAGCAUCCAAUCGGCUGCCCGCAAAAUAGUUUCUUUUGAUUUCCUGUGCGAUUCAACUGUGGUUAAAGAAGCGGUUCCAUGCAGAUACCCUGGAAAGGUGUUUCCCGGGCACACGCUUAAGAUACUCCAAGAUUUUGACAACGAAGUGGGUUGUUUGGAAAAGUGUAAAUCUAUGAAAGAUUGUGUUGCUGUGACGUACAACCCGACCACCGAGAAAUGCUUUUUGAAGGACAAGUACAGGAGUGAUCCAGUGGGGACAGAUACUGCAGUCACUAAUAAGAUAGUAUCAUAUGACUUGUUAUGUAAUGAUGGAAGUGAAGCUGCUACUACUCCAGAGAAUAAUAGCAAAACUGCGAGUGAUGAGUCGGAUAGUGAAAACAAACAUUCAGAAAGUGAUACUAACGAUAUUGGUCAUGGUGAAACUGAAAGCAAUACUGAUGGUGAUAUUGGAAGUGAAAGUAGUAUUGAUACAAGCGGGGAUACUGAAAGUGAUACUGAUAGUGAUAAUGGUAGUGAUAUCGGAAAUGAAAGUAGUAUUAAUACAGGCGGUGAUACUGAAAGUGAUACUGAUAGUGAUAAUGGUGGUGAUAUCGGAAAUGAAAGUAGUAUUAAUACAGGCGGUGAUACUGAAAGUGAUACUGAUAGUGAUAAUGGUGGUGAUAUCGGAAAUGAAAGUAUUAUCGACACAGGCGGUGAUACUGAUAGUGAUACUGAUAGUGAUAAUGGUGGUGAUAUUGGAAAUGAAAGUAGUAUCGACACAGGCGGUGAUACUGAUAGUGAUACUGAUAGUGAUAAUGGUGGUGAUAUUGGAAAUGAAAGUAUUAUCGACACAGGCGGUGAUACUGAUAGUGAUACUAGUAGUGAUAAUGGUAGUGAUAUUGACAUUGAGACUUCUAAUGAUACAGGUGGCGAAAUUAAAACCGAUAAAACCACUACGAAAAAUCCUGUUAAGUCUAACGAUCCAUGUAGACUACCGAACAAAUUCUUCGUUGGGUCAGCUAUACGCAUUAUUGAAAACGUCAAAAAUGAAAAAGAAUGUUUGGAAUUUUGCCGGGAUUUGGAUACAUGUUUCUCAGUCACCUACAAUCCCACACAAAAUAGGUGCCUUCUCAAGGAUGAAACCAGACGAAUCUCCUCAUCUAGUGAGACUGCAGUCGCUUCAAAGAUUGUUUCUUACGACUUUUUGUGUGACGAAAAUCAAUCAACAGAAGAGCUGAGAGUGAAACCAACAGAGGAACGAGAGUUUCCGAUUUCGGAGGAAGAGGAGGAAGAGAUAAAGUUUAAUUUUGAAGAAAGAUGUAGGCUUCCUGGACAAUAUUUCCCCGGUACCGCCCAGACAGUUCUAGAUAGUAUUGACGAUGAAUAUGCUUGCUUUGUCCUGUGUCAUCGCUCAGCGGCUUGCAUUAUAGUUACAUAUGAUCCCACAACCUUGAAAUGUAUUUUGAAUAACGAGAAAAGCUAUCCAACGAAAAAUCACGAAUUUGAUCAGAAAAUCGUGUCGUAUAACUUUUUAUGUAGCGGAACCAAACAAAUAGGUCACUCCCAGUCCAAUCAACCAUCUGAAUCAGGAGAAGAAAAAACCUCCAGCAGUGAUUUACAGAACAAUACCAUACUCCCUUCAAAGCAAAAAAUACCUAACUCUGAUUUCGGAGAAAAAGAAAUUUCAAACAGUUCUCUGCAGGAUAAUGCCAUAGAUCAUUCAAAGGAAGAAAAACCUAAGCACCCUUCAAAUGCAGAAAUACCUUUUAAUAAAUGGACAGAUGAAGAUGCAUCCAGCAGUAAUCUGCCAAAUGAUAUAAAACAUUCUUCAACUGAAAUAAAACAUAAACAUGCUUCAAAGGAAGAAAAACCUACUAUAUCAAAAAAUCAAAAAUGUAGACUGGUUGGGGCCUUCUUUCCCAGUCCAGACGGAGCGAUGAACGUGCUUUCAAACAUUGAAGACGAACCCACCUGCUUCUUAGCCUGUGCUAACACAGAUGGAUGUUCGGCUGUAACAUUCAAUCCCACGUCCAAUAAAUGUAUCUUAAAGAACAAAGAAAGAAGGGAACCAGUUACAAACACAAUGGCACUCCAAGAGAACGUUGUGUCGUUUGACUUUGUUUGUAUUCUCAGGGAAGGCCGUAUAGCUGUUGCCCAGGCUUCGAAGACAAAGCUGCCACAACCCUGUCAACUAAGAAAUCAGCAGUUUACAGGCCGAUACCUGACCUCACUUGGGAAUGUUGAGUCAAGUGAGGCGUGUAUGAAGGAAUGUGGUGAGUACAAGGACUGUCUGGUUGCGACCUAUGUUACAACCUCUAAGAGGUGCUAUCUCCGAGAUAGAACACACGGCCAGGUAGAGACAUCUAUGUGGGCGGUUGAUAAUGGAGUAGUUUCAUGGGACUUUUCCUGCUCGAGUGAGCCCUCUGAAAUGCCUCCGAAUGAAAUCAAGUCCCUUCCCGAAGGUUCUGUUUGUAGAUAUGACAAGGCUUUCUUCCCAAAGGGUACAGUUGCUAUCAUAGAUAAUAUCAGUGGCCCGAAGCAAUGCGGGGAUAGAUGUAAAGAUAAUCCGAAAUGCGAAGCUUUUACAUUUGUUGUGAAUGAAGGGUCGUGUACCUUGAAGUGCGAUCUCCACGAGGAAGCUAUCUCAACUCUGUGGGCUGUCAGAAAUGGUGCCUAUUCAUUCAUUAUGAAGAACUGUAAAGACGGCGAAUUCAUUAUUGAAGGACUCGAUUCAGAAAGUAUAUCGCGAUCAACAAGAGGGACGAACUGUGCCUCAAGUACUGUGAGGUUCAAAGUGGGACGCUCCUACGACUUACAGUGCGCGCCGACACAAGCUCUGAGAAGUAUUCAGAUGUUCGAAGUAUCUUACAAUAUAGAAUGCUGUAAGGUUCCUGGGGAAGUGCAGUCUUUCGAACACUUCUGUAAUUAUGAAUCACAUACCUGUCCUAGAGACACUGUUAUUAAUAGGAACCUUGUCUACGCAGAACGAUGUGUUUCAUCGUGUCUUGAAGCUCAGUUUCACACCACCAAAUAUUGCUGGGAUACGCCCGUUAAAAACGGUUACGGUGACUGUGGAAGUGGGUUUGUGAACAGUAUGGAGGACCUGCCGGUAUCUUUGGAAUGCUGCAGUUUUCCAACUCCAGAAGAUUACGGUGGUUAAGGCGAGUUUGGAAUGCUC